CUGCAGCACCUACGACAACUGCAGCACCUACGACAACUGCAGCACCUACGACAACUGGAGCACCUACUACGACAACUGCAGCACCUACUACGACCACUGCAGCGCCUACUACGACAACUGUAGCUCCCACAACAACUACUCCUGCAGUUCUUACGACAACUGCUGCUACUACCACAACUGCAGCACCUAUGACAACUGGAGCAACUAUUACGACAACUGCAGCACCUACUACGACCACUGCAGCGCCUACUACGACAACUGUAGCUCCCACAACUACUUCUGCAGUUCCUACGACAACUGCAGCUACUACGACAACUGCAGCACCUACGACAACUGCAGCACCUACUACGACAACUGCAGCACCUAGUACGACAACUGUAGCUCCUAAAACAGCUACAACUGCAGCAACUACUACAACUGAAGCUACGACAACAACCACACCUUCCACUACAGCUACAACUGACGCUCCGACAACAACCACACCUACUACGACAGCUACAACUGAAGCUCCUACGACCACUACAACGACAACUGCAGCUUCUGCGACAACUGGAGCACCUACUACGACAACUGCAGCACCUACUACGACCACUGCAGCGCCUACUACGACAACUGUAGCUCCCACAACAACUACUUCUGCAGUUCCUACGACAACUGCAGCUACUACGACAACUGCAGCACCUACGACAACUGCAGCACCUACGACAACUGGAGCACCUACUACGACAUCUGCAGCACCUACGACAACUGGAGCACCUACUACGACAACUGCAGCACCUACUACGACCACUGCAGCGCCUACUACGACAACUGUAGCUCCCACAACAACUACUUCUACAGUUCCUACGACAACUGCAGCUACUACGACAACUGCAGCAACUACGACAACUGGAGCACCUACUACGACAACUGCAGCACCUACUACGACCACUGCAGCGCCUACUACGACAACUGUAGCUCCCACAACAACUACUUCUGUAGUUCCUACGACAACUGGAGCACCUACUACGACCACUGCAGCGCCUACUACGACAACUGUAGCUCCCACAACAACUACUUCUGCAGUGCCUACGACAACUGCAGCACCUACGACAACUGCAGCACCUACGACAACUGCAGCACCUACGACAACUGGAGCACCUACUACGACAACUGCAGCACCUACUUCGACCACGUCCUACAACAACGACCACAACUGUUGCUCCAACAAUGACUACAACUGCAGCACCUACAAGUACAACCACAAUUGUACUUCCAACUUUUACUUCAACUUCUAUGGCUUCAGGGACAUCAACAACCAGCUCCAUGAAAUUCUUAGUAAACCAGAUGGCAAACCAUUUGUCUUUCCCAAUGCCAACUUCACGUCUCCUAACAACCACGGUUGCCCCAACAACUACCAGUACCUCACCACUUCCAACCCUUUUGCUGACCACUACUUUCAAUACCACAAGUAA